ACAAGUUUUGCAGUGUGGGUUGGUGUUGUCGUGCGUGUAUGUGCUAAUCAAAGUUUUAAGGAAAAUACUCGCAUAAAUUAUUCCAAAUCGUUUACGUGGUGUGGACUGCGGUGACAAAAUAAUAGGCACCUAAGAAUAAAGUGAUCAUUAACUAGCGCAAUAGUGUUCCAUGAUUUUUUUAGAUCUUUUACAUUAUUAAACUAUGAGUUCAAAGUAAACAACUUUCAAGUUUUUGAUUUUAUGGUGAUUCAUCACCAUUCUACACAAACAAUCUUCUUAGUGUCUAAUAGUGCGAUUAAUGCGGAACGAUUGAUGGUGCGCACUAGUGUAUGUAUCCUAAGUGUAGAGACCUGAUGAAGUGGUAAUGGCUGUGGAUGUGCUCGGGAUAGCGUUAUGGGGGCUUUUGUUUAUUUCAACGGCGGCCUACAACGCGCGGGUGGCCCCCGACCGCCCGCAAUGCUCCCCCGAUGUCGGCGAGCGCUGUGUCAUGAAGACUGAUGGCGGUAUCGACGAGUACCACUAUGUUGUCAAUGGAUUGCGUCACAUGGUCAGCUUCACCGAGGGCGGGUACUUCAUCAUGAAGUGCGAGGCGGCGGCGCUCGGCGACCGCGCGCUGCCCGCCUUCACGCGCCCCAAGCGCUUCCAGAACGUCACGCUCGCGGGCUGCGCGCCGCCGCCCGGCUCCUACGCCGCCGCGCUCGCCGCGCUCAACGUCACGCGGCCGGCGCGCCUCAUCCUCGCCGGCCUGCCGCGGCCCGCGCGCCUCGCCGCCGCCGCCUUCGCCGGCCUCGAGCAGCUGCGCGCGCUGGAGCUCAGCGCCGGCCGCGGGCCCGGCGCGCUCGAGCUGGCCCGCGACGCGCUGCGGCCGCUGGCGCUGCGCUCGCUCGCGCUCGUGGGCGUGCGCCCGCCCGCGCUGCCGCCGCGCCUCGACAGCCUGCGCCUGCGCUACACCGGGCUCGACGCGCUGCCGCCCGAGGCGCGCGACGUCGUCACGCUCGAGGUGGGCCCGGCGAAUCACGGCGGCGGUCGGUCCACCGAUUUCGGAUUGCGUCACAUGGUCAGCUUCACCGAGGGCGGGUACUUCAUCAUGAAGUGCGAGGCGGCGGCGCUCGGCGACCGCGCGCUGCCCGCCUUCACGCGCCCCAAGCGCUUCCAGAACGUCACGCUCGCGGGCUGCGCGCCGCCGCCCGGCUCCUACGCCGCCGCGCUCGCCGCGCUCAACGUCACGCGGCCGGCGCGCCUCAUCCUCGCCGGCCUGCCGCGGCCCGCGCGCCUCGCCGCCGCCGCCUUCGCCGGCCUCGAGCAGCUGCGCGCGCUGGAGCUCAGCGCCGGCCGCGGGCCCGGCGCGCUCGAGCUGGCCCGCGACGCGCUGCGGCCGCUGGCGCUGCGCUCGCUCGCGCUCGUGGGCGUGCGCCCGCCCGCGCUGCCGCCGCGCCUCGACAGCCUGCGCCUGCGCUACACCGGGCUCGACGCGCUGCCGCCCGAGGCGCGCGACGUCGUCACGCUCGAGGUGGUGGAGGAGGCGGUGCGCGGGCUGGGCGGGCCGGCGCCGCGGCUGGAGGUGCUGACGCUGCGCGCGCCGGUGCGGGCGGCGCCCGAGGCCCCGCGGCUGCGGCGCGCGGCGCUGGCGCGCUGGCAGGAGGCGGCGCCGGGCCCGUGGCGCGCCUGCCCGCGCCUGGAGCAGCUGUCGCUCAUGGAGGCGGCGGCGCGCGCGCUGCCCGCCGGCUUCGUGGCCGCCUGCCCGCUCCUGGAGGAUCUCGAGCUGCAGAUGAUGCAGGCCGAAGCGAUCCCGGAAGGAUUUCUGCUCAACGCGACCGCUCUCAAGAAGUUCAAAGCGGCGUUCUGGCCGCUAAAGGAGCUGCCGGUCGACCUCUUCGACUACUCGCCGAACCUGGAGGAGAUAGACCUCUCGAGUAACGGACUGGAAUCGUUACCUAGCGGGCUGUUCUCGCGGCUGGCGGGGUCGCUGCGGGUGCUGUCGCUGGCGCGCAACCGGCUGCACGCGGCGGCCGCGCUGCAGGUGGCGCCGCUGGCCGGGCUGCGCCGGCUGUACCUGGCCGACAACCCGCUCGGCGACCUCUGCCCCGCCGCCAGCGCCUCCAUCCUCGCGCGCAGCGCGUCGUACCUGGCGCCGCUGCAGGAGCUGGUGCUGAGCCGCGCGGGGCUGGCGCGCGUGUGCGCCGACUGGACGCACCACAUGCCCGCGCUGCGCCGCCUCGACCUCUCGCACAACCGCAUCGCCGAGCUGCAGGUACAAUAGCGCAUCUGUAUGGUGUGUACUGCGGCAGGCGCGUCGUACCUGGCGCCGCUGCAGGAGCUGGUGCUGAGCCGCGCGGGGCUGGCGCGCGUGUGCGCCGACUGGACGCACCACAUGCCCGCGCUGCGCCGCCUCGACCUCUCGCACAACCGCAUCGCCGAGCUGCAGGUACAAUAGCGCAUCUGUAUGGUGUGUACUGCGGCAGGCGCGUCGUACCUG